AUGGUGCAGCGUAAGAGAACCACUCAGAAUCCAUUGCUCAGAUCUUCUUCGAUUGAUAGGAAUUCGAUCACGUCUACACAUGAUAGAGUGGUGGUGGAAGAUGAAGGGAGGAUCGAUCUCCCAGAGGAGGAUUUUGCAGAUACGGCUACUGAAUUUUCAGAGGAAUCAUUUGCUACUCAUGGUGGUGCUCGACUCAAUUUUGAGGAACCCUUGGUCAGAGAUGGGAAAUUAAUAGCUCAAGUGGAUAGGGAGGAGGUAGAAGUGGAAGCUUCUUUCUGGCAAUCAACUAUGGUAUGUGUAGUUUUAGGUGCUAAUCCCCCUUUAGCUGUGUUUGAAGGUUUCAUUAAUCGUCUUUGGGGUAAGCUAGGGAUUGAGAGAAUUGCUCGUAUGAAUGCCGGACACACUCUAGCCAAAUUUAGGGAUGAAGCAACUAGGGAUAUGGUGUUGGAAUCUGGUGUGGUUCACUUUGACAGGAAACCGGUUUUACUGAGGCCUAGGUCGACAAAUCUUGAUAAGAUGAGAUUGGUAAAAUCUGUGCCAGUUUGGAUUAGAUUGCCAGACCUGGGACUUCAAUAUUGGGGUCUGAAAAGUUUGAGUGCUUUGGUCAGCACUAUUGGUAAACCUAUGAUGGUGGAUAAGGUAACUAGGGAGAAAUCUAUGGUGAAAUUUGCUAGAGUUCUUGUUGAUGUUGAGAUUUCAGAUCAAGUUCCUCAAUGCAUAAAAUUUAUCAUUGAACGUGGUCAAUUGAUGGAACAAGCUAUAGAAUAUGAAUGGCUUCCUACCCGUUGUUCGUGUUGUAAAAAUCUAGGCCAUACAGCUACUAGUUGUAGAUUCUCUAAGGAGACUGUUUGGAAACCAAAACAGAAAGUUGGGGGUCCGUUCAAUGAAAAGACAGAGGGUUCUUUUGAAAGGGGUGAAAUAAGUGUAAUGCCUGGUGUAAAGGAACAAUCUAAUGUGGGUGGUGGUAAGGCAGUGCAGCAGGAUUUCAAAGGUGAGCCGCCAGCUGAUAUGGGUGAUAGGCAAGGUGGGACAUUACAUAAGGAUACUACAGAGGUGGUGUUGGGAUCUUCUAAAGGUCAGGAGAUGCAUUGUUCUACACCUAAAAAAGUGGGAGGGACAAAGCAUAUUAUUCCAACAGCCAUGACAUUGAAAGCUAACAAAUAUAGUCUCUUACAGGAGAACCGGACAGAAAGGUUGCAAAAGAGUCUGGGGGCUUUUCUUGAAACAAAACUGAAAAGGAAUAAGAUAGAGGAGAUGAUGAGCAAUGUUUUUUUGGGUUGGAAUUGGUAUAGUGAUAUGGAAGUGGAGGGAAGAAUAUUGUUAGUAUGGAAAGAGGAUGUGGUUUCUCUUACAAUUACUCAAUCUCAAGACCAACUUAUUAACUGUGAGGUGAAGAUCAAGGGUGUCCGUCAAAAAUUUUGUUUGUCUUUUGUUUAUGGUAGGAACACAAUGGAGGAGAGGAAAGGCCUUUGGGCUCUUUUAACUAGUUCUCAACAGGUUGAGAUGCCUUGGUUGGUGGUUGGGGACUUUAAUGCAGUGUUUGAGUUUGAUGACCGAAUAGGGGGUAGACCGGUUACUGAAUUGAAAGUGGAGGACAGUAGGCUUUGGAAGGCUAAUGCAUUGUUGUCUGAGAUAAACCCGAAAGGCUCUCAUUUCAUCUGGUCUAACAAGCAAAGGGAGGGAUCUAGAAUUUUCUCUAAAUUGGACAGAUGUUUUGUCAAUGAAAAGUGGAUAGAUUCUCUUCCUGAUUCUGAACAUGCUCCUGAGUCGAGAGUUCUGCAGCAGGAAGAGCAGGAGGCUCAUGAUGAUUUUGUUAGUAAGUCAAAAAUGUAUGAGAGCUUUCUUCGUCAAAAGAGAAAAAUUAAUUGGCUCCGUUUUGGAGAUGAAAACACUGCUUAUUUUCAUGCUAGUCUUAAGCAGAGGAGGAUUAGGAACCGCAUUACUUAUUUUUUGAACGAAGAGGGUGUAAUGAUAGAUAAUAAUGAAGAAGUGGUUGCUCAUUUCUUUAACCAUUUCAAAAGCUUUCUUGGCAAAGAGCAGCAACUGAAUCUGAUCUACCCUUUUUCUAAGAAGGAUGUUAAGAGAGCGUUAUUUAGUAUUCCUUUGAUCAAGAGUCCGGGUCCAGAUGGCUUUGGUUCUAGAUUUUAUAAAGCUCUUUGGAAAGAUUUAGGGGAUGACAUAUCUGAGGCGAUUUUGCAAUUUUUUGAGCAUGGAGAGAUUCCGGCUGAGUUGAAUAACACCAUUCUGUCCUUAAUCCCUAAGGUUGUUUCUCCUAAAUCAACUAUUGAUUAUAGACCUAUAGCUUGCUGCAAUACGCUCUAUAAAUGCAUAUCAAAGAUGCUUUGUUUCAGGUUGGCUAAAGUGCUUCCUUUGCUGAUUCACCAAAAUCAAGGAGCCUUUAUCAAGAAUAGACAGCUAGCUCAUAAUAUCUUAAUUCUUCAAGACUUGCUUCAUGGCUAUACUAGGAAGACUAUUACUCCUAGGUGUUUGAUUAAAAUCGACUUGAGUAAGGCUUAUGAUUCAAUAGAUUGGGUUUUUUUGGAGGAUAUUUUGGCUGCUUUCUGUUUUCCCAGUAGGUUUAUUCAGUGGAUCUUGGUUUGCUUGACUGAUACUUCCUAUUCUUUACUGAUGAAUGGGAGAUUACAAGGUAAUUUUGCAGGGAGGAAAGGAUUACGGCAAGGAGACCCUAUUUCUCCUUUGCUUUUUGUGUUGGUAAUGGAAUAUCUUACAAGGCUCCUUAACCAAACUGCUCAACAUAGAGAGUUUCGGUUUCACCCUAUGUGUAAGAAUCUUCAGCUUGUCAACCUCUGCUUUGCAGAUGAUUUGAUCCUACUCUGUAAGGGAACCUUCAAAUCUGUUAAACUUCUAAUGGAGGGUUUUUUGAGUUUUAGUCAGUGUUCAAGGCUGUCGGCUAACCGGACCAAAUCUCAUAUUUACUUUGGGGGUGUAGUGGCUGAUGUUAAAAAUAACAUUUUGAGUUCAAUGGUGAUUGAAGAAGGGCAUUUUCCCUUGAAAUAUCUAGGAGUUAAUCUAAAACCCGCUAGAUGGCAAGUUGCUGAUUGUAGUGAGAUUAUCAAGAAGCUGCAAGCUAGACUCCAUGUUUGGGCGAGUAGACACUUAUCCUUUGCAGGGAGAACUCAAUUGAUUUUCUCGGUAUUACUGGGUAUUCGCAACUAUUGGAUGCAAAUUUUUAUGCUUCCAAUUAGUGUUAUUCAAGAAAUUGAUAGGAUCUGUCGUAAUUUUUUAUGGGGUGCUAAUGGCCAUUGCAGCAAGUUUCACUGCUCCUCUUGGUCUCAAGUUUGUCUCCCUAAAUCAUUAGGUGUUCUGGGUUUUAAAGAGGGUUCUAAAUGGAACAAAGUGUUACUGGCCAAGUUCAUUUGGGCUGUAUCUUCGAAGCAGAAUAUUUUAUGGGUGAAAUGGAUUGAUUCCAUUUAUCUUAGAGGUCAUUCAUUUUGGUCUUAUCAUCUGAAACCAGAUGUGAGCUGGUACUGGCGCAAGCUUUGCUAUUUGAGAGAGGAUUGUUCUGAAUCUAAAGUUUUGAACUCGGUAAUGCAUGGCAAAUUGAAUUUGAAGUCACUUUAUCUAAACUGGCUUCAAAGAGCUCCUGUGGCGUUUGCUAAGGCUGUUUGGAGUAGAAUCACAGUGCCGAAGCAUCGUUUCAUUCUCUGGCAGUCGGUUCUUGGCCACUUACUCACUAAAGAUAAUCUGAUCAAGUGCCAAAUUUCAGUGAACUCUAGCCUCUAUCUGGUUUGUGAGAGAGCUGAGGAAUCUCAUCAUCACUUGUUUUUUGACUGUAGCUUUUCUCAUCAGGUUUGGGAGCUGACUAAAUACUGGUUAGGCUCUGCUAUUUGGUCCAAGACUUUUGUUCAAUGGAAGCUGUGGUUAGAAGGGAAGCCCAAAAAUCUGGUGCAUCACAUUGCUAUUGCUUCUUUGGCUGCUGCGGUUUAUGGCAUCUGGUGCAACAGAAAUGCAUGCUAUUUUUCUCAUUGCUCCAGCACUCCUCUUUGUUUAGUUAAAAUGAUUAGAUUGAGUUUGAAAACUAGAUUUUUUGGCUGUUUGAGUCAUAAGUGUUUGGCCAAGAAUAGAGCAAUUGCUAAGUUGGUUAGGAGUUUAUGA